AUGUCAUCAAAUUCUUCAAAUAAUCUAGAUCCAACUUUAAAAAGACUAAGAUUUCUUAAAAAAAGGCACACUUCAAUAGAACCUAUUGUUAAAGAAGUCACCAUAACCAUGACCCACUGGGUAGUUCAUCAUGAUUGUAUCAUACUAACUACCAUUGAUGCUUCAAGAAUAAACACAAAAAGUGAUACGCGUCAAUAUCAUACAAUUACAGGCACCAGAGAUAUAUAG